GGAGUCUGGGGAAGGAGCCAAUGCAAAAGGCUGUAGGCAUACCAGCCCUGCCCCAAUUCAGAGGUCCACGGAGAAUAGCAGGGCUGGGGAGAGGGGUGAUGGGCAACUCUGCCCACAGCCAGAGGGAGGGGAGGGGAAAAGAUAGGAAGUGUGGUCUCCAGCCAGUUCUAGACAGGUGGGCCAGGUCUUAAAUCCAGCAACCUGCUUCCUUGAAGUUCCUCUAAUUUUUUUGUAGUGCUUUGUCUAAUUUUACUUUUCUUCCUUCUCUACCCAGUUUCUGUCUCUACCUCUCUCUCUCUUUCUCUGCCCAUAUCCCACAAGCCCAUAUCUGUACUUACUAUGCCUGGCCCAGCCAUGAUCUGUAGGGUAACCACUAUGAAGACCUCACACACACGAACAUGCGACACAUGCUACCUCCAUCCCACUCAGGCUGUUCCAUUUGGUCUUCAGGGCAGGUCUUACAACUCCAAGAAGCACUAGAAAGUUCAGCCCGUCCAUCUCUCUGCUUCUGACUCCCAUCAGACCAGAAGGCCCCACUUGCUUUCCAGUGAUGACCCACACCUCUCUGACACCUCUUCCUAUACUGCCUCUGUAUUAACAGUUGUCAACAUUUAUAGAUUUACUGAGUGCCUACCUUAGGCCGGGCAACACCCUGACCUUUUCACAUGCUGCCUCACUUAGGAAUGAAUUAGACUGUAUAUAACAUCAACCCCACACAGCUGUUUAGCAAAAUCAACGUGUGUGCUCUUCCCUCAGCAGGAAGGCCCUGCAGCAUCUUGGGGAACUCAGGCUCCUUCCUGCCUCGCUGUCCUCAGCUUCCAGGGUUUUGACCCGGAAGGCAAAGGUUGGCUGAAGGCUGCAAAAAGUUGGCAAUGGCACCUGACUCCUCUCUCCUCCUUAUCAGGACACCACCCCCAUCUGGGUCUUUCACAGCCCUCCACCGUAGUGGCUCAGGCAGCUUCUCACUGCUGUCUCCUUCACAUACUUCACACAAGGCCAGCCAGCCCCUUGGUGGCCUGGGACUUGGAGUGGAUUCACUGCCCAGAGUGGAUAGAGGCUAGAAUACUGUGUUCCAGAUGCUAGGUGGCCCCAAGCAACCAGAGCCCUCUGCCAGCUUUCUGCUGUAAUCAGCUAGCAGACAUGGGUUCUGGCUAAGGGUGAUAGGGUCUGGGAGCCAGGAACUGAGCCACCAUGACCCCCAGCCUUGUGACUGGGUCCCUACAUCAUCUCUGGGUCUGCCCAUCCAUCUACAAUUUAUGGCUUGUACCUGUGGUCAAAAUGCCCACACACCCUGGGCACUUCCUCUAGCCUUCCUUACUUUCUCCCGCCCACGUUCUAUGGCCAGAGGGGCCAGGAAUACAUCCCCUGCCCUUGGAGGGUCCUGACUCCAGGGUCCCUGCCUGGGCUGCCCUGCCUUUCAUUUCUUAAGUCACCAAGGAGUGUGCAUGGCCCUGGGGAGAAUGGGUGAGUACCUUAGCCUGGGUAUGCCCCCUGGGAGACGUCACCAUCACAGACAGACCCUCAACAAUGGGUGCAAAGGGGCAACUGAAUGCUAAUGGACAGUCCAGGCAAGACGGUUGCCCCUCUUUUGGUCUGAGCACAUCUGGAAGGGCAAAAGAAGGGGAAGAAAGGGCAUCAGGCUGAGGGAACAGCCGGUGUGGAGGCUCUGAGGCAUGGACCACGGGGUCUUGAGCCCUUCACAUGGCCAUAGUAGCUAAAAGAGUGUGUAGGUGAAUGGCCCAGGGUAGGCAGUGAGGCUCAGGACAGACCUAGCAGGGCCCCAAACACCUCUGGGUAGGGCUUUUAUCCCACCGUUUGUUCCUAGAGGCUGGUGGCUGACAGUGCCCCUUUCAGUGUGAAGUAAGUCUCUUUACUUUGAUGACCUCCUUCAAAGAUGGGUCACCUUGUUAGUGGUGGGAAUAUGAAGAUAAACUGGUAAGCCUGCUAAACCCUAGGGGGGCUUCUUCACUGGGGCCCAAUGAAGUGAUUCACACCGCUGGUGACAGGGUGGGGACAAAUUUAAAUCGUUCUAUUCCAAAACGAACUCUGGUCUUAACCCGCUGCGGAAAUCCACAAGCCCAAACCCUCCCCCAUGGACAGCCUAAACAUGCAUCUUUCUCCUAAAGUCACAAUUUCCACGAAUAAAGCCUAGGAAUCUGCGUUUUAACGGGCACCCCAGUGACUCCCACGCAUACUGGCCAGUUCGAGAACCUGCCGCGCACCUUUAUUUAGGCCCCACGAGCCUCAGAAGGCUGGCAGGGACCGCAGAGGACCGACCCGCGCCCGCCCGCGACGAUGUGGCCACCGAGCCUUUUCCGGACGGUUCACGCUCCGGGACGCUGCGCCCCCUCGCGGAGGCCUGGGGCUCGGCUACUCCAGGCCUCGCAGCGGGACUCCACCAAUACCCGGUCUGGAGAUAACCCGCGAGGGUCCCGCUGGGAGUUCGAAGCAGGGGGUCUUUGGUCCGAGGGCGAAAGCCGCCCCUGCCGGGGUGGGGGAGCGUCCAGGUGUCAGAACACCACCCCUGCCCAUUCCCGGAACAGUACACCUGACGUGGGGACCCCACCUCACUUGGGGGGGCCUCGCCCCGCCCCCCCCCCCCGCGCGCGUCAACUCGUGCGUGCGCCCGCGACCGGUGUACGCAGGCGCUCAGAGGCCGCGCAGCCGCCAUUGCUCUCCUGCUGCGGAGUGGAGCGGCCUCUGAGUAGAAGUCCGCGGGCAAGGAAGGGUGAGCAGGUGGACUCCAUGUGCCGGCUGCAGCAGCAGGCAUCUGGCCGGACCCCCAUGGACCUGCAGCCUCAGUCGUCAGAUGAGCCAGUGCCCCUGCAUGAGGCCCCACUUGGGGCCUUCCGCCUGGCAGCAGGGGACCCUUUUCAGGAGCCUCGGACAGUGGUAUGGCUGGGUGUGCUCUCAUUAGGAUUUGCCCUGGUGCUGGAUGCCCACGAGAACCUGCUGCUGGCUGAGGGCACACUCCGGCUGCUGGCACGCCUCCUCCUCGACCACCUCCGGCUGCUGACCCCCAGCACCAACCUCCUGCUUCGGGCUGAUCGCAUCGAGGGCAUCCUCGCCCGCUUCCUGCCCCAUGGUCAACUGCUCUUUCUCAACGACCAGUUUGUCCAGGGUCUGGAGAAGGAAUUCAGUGCUGCGUGGCCCCGCUGAUCCCUCACUGGGAUGGGACUGCCCGAGAGGGCAAGGAGGGAGGACAGGGAUGGGCGGACACACAGCCAGGUGAAGCUUGGCAUGGGCCUCCUUCACAGCCUGCCCCCAGCUCUGGCGUGGUACCACACACAGGAUAAGUGGACAGCACACACUGCCCAUAACAGUGGACAGAAGAGGGGGCUGGCCAAAGGACGGUGGGGAGGAAUCCCAGAACAUCCUGUGCCUGGCGUUGCCAUGUAACUUAUUCAUACUGCUGCAGUAGGCCAGCCCUACCUGUCCUUGACCCCAGUUUCUCCCGUCUCCGGCAGCCAGCCCCCCAAACAGUCCACCAGUUGCUAGUGUUAGAGCAUAAAGAACAGAACUCAGUCCACUUUCUCAUUCUAAACCCACAGUCAGUCAUUGCAACCCAAAGGGAAUCUGAGACUCCCAGGGUCAGGGAGCUGGCUGCUGCCUUUGCACCCACUUAGGCAACAUUAUCAGUAAGGAUUUUGGGGGCGCCUGGGUGGCUCAG